AUGCAGCGGCCUCCUGAGCUGUUCCUGCAAAACGCGCAGCAGCAGUGGGAGGCGGAGCAGGCGUCAGCAGCGGGAGCCGCCGCUGCUGCUGCUGCUGCUUAUGCGUCUCAGGCGCACCAUUUAUUCGCUCUGUUUUGCGCCCCUGCAAAUGAAGUGAGACAGUACACCCUCGACGAGAAAGAUACGGCUGUUCUACGCGCUGCAGCCACCGAGCUGCAGGCAUACGUACACCCCAAGGUGCAGGUGGCGUCAUUCAAGCAAGAGGGGCGGGGGAUCGUUGCUGCAGACGAGCUCAAGCGGGGAGAAGUGCUGCUGCGUGUCCCUGCCGCCGCCCUCAUCAAUCCGUAUACCGCUCUGACACACCCCACAUUCUCUCCUCUCGCCCAGCUGCUGCUGGGGUUGCCGCCCGAGAUUUUGCUGCAGCAGGAAGCAGCAGCGCAGCAGAGGCCCCAAGAGCAGCAGCAGAUACCCGAGCAGCCUACAGAACUGCAGCCUCUUGUUGACUGCGACGUCGUCUUGUGUCUCUUUCUUUUGUUCCUCGCCUUCACUGGUGGGGAAGAGGGGGGUAGAGCCCUGCUGCGCUUCCUGCCUGCUGCUGGAGAAGCGGAUGCAGCAGCCACAGCAGAGGCUGUGUGCGGUUCUUCCGCUGGUGGCUCAGCAGCAGCAGCAGCAGCAGAAGCAGCUCGAAAGGAGGAGUUGUUGCUGAUGGACUCUGAAGGGGUUGUCGAGUUCCUCGGAGACGCUGCCAUGGAAAGCGCCGUGAGCCGCUCUCUGGCCAAGUGCAAAAUGAUGCACCAGGAGCUGCUGCCGCUGCUGCAGCAGUCCUUUCCUCCUCCAGCAGGGAUGCAGCAUGGUGGCGGGGUGCUCUCCGCCUGCAGAGCAGCAGCAGCAGCAGCAGCGGCAACCACAGCAACAGAUGCGCCUUUCCACGUUGGUUUGCCCACGGGUGCGGUGGCAGCAGCAGCAGCAGCCAAAGCGAGUCCUUCUUUAGGGGCCCUUUCUCUUUCUUCUUGCAGUGGAGCAGCUCAACUCUCGGCUUUCUUAGCUCAGCUGAACUCUACCGACUUUCUGUGGGCGCAUCUCAUUCUCGAGUCCCGUUCCUUUUCGCUUCCUUUGCGGCCCCUUCCACCUCUUCAGGAGUUCCAGCCUGGGGCGAGGCCCCUUAAAAAGCCCCUUGGCGAUGCCAACAAGGAGGGGCCGGGGGCUCCUGUCGAUGGACCCCCGGCGGGAGACCCAGCGGAGGACAGGGAGGGAGAGGAUGCGCAAGAAGACGCAGAUGAAGAGGAGGAAGAAGAGCAUCGGGUGCCGUUUCUGUUGGAACUUCUUGAGACGGCUGGUGCAGCACAGGAGUCUCGGUGCGUGUUGCUGCCUGUGGGGGUUCAGAAGGCGGCGCCCAGCGCGUCAACCCCUACGUAUUUUGUGCGGCUUCCUCCUUCUUGUGCAUCUUUCGUUCCCCUUGGAGACUUGCUGAACCACCAUUUCCACGGACAGGUCUUGUCUCCUGUGCUCGAGGAAGAGUGUGGAAGCCUCUGCCUCUGCCUCCGUUUGGCCUGCGAUGUGCCUAAAGGGGCCCAGGUGUACGCACAUUACGGGCCUCUUCAGUCCUGGCAAUUUUUAGCCUACUUCGGAUUCUGCCCCAGUUCAUUCCCACGCCUGCAGCCCCCUCGGAGGGAAACAGCAACAGAUAAGACCGACUCAAACGCAGAAUGGCAAUUCAACGGAGAAGACAAAGGGAACCCAGUGGACUUCCUGACCUUGCAGGUGGAGGUCCCUGAAGAUGACGGCGAAUAUGAACUGAAGAAGAGCCUCAUGGAUCUGCAGGAUUUGCCACUCUGUGGCUUGUUUAGCACUGGGGUGCAAAGCCUGUCCUGGAGAUUCUUGGCUUCGCUCUUCGUUUCUUCUCACGCCUCUCUAGAUCACUUUUUGUGUGCAGGGGGGGCUGGAGCAGGUGGAGCAGCGGCAGCUGCUUCUGCCGCCGCUGCUGCAGCUGGCGAGAAGCCAUGGGGGCCCACGUUCACAUUCACUGCCAUUCGCAAUGAUCCAGAGGCAGCUGACCGUAUUCGUGAGAUUAUAUCCGACGCGCUGCAAUCCGUAGCCAAGGCAGCUGAGGACCGAACUGCACAAUUGGACAAAUGGAGAGACGACACAAAGGCCGCGCCGCGUUGGACGCGGGUUUGGGGCGAAAAACUGCGGAUAUAUUUGGACAACCAGAAGGCCCUCGCGAACACGCAGAUGGCAAGACUAGCGGACUAUUUGACUUUCAUUCCUUCGUCUUCCUCUGUGCUGUAG